AUGGACGUCCUGAUGAGCCGUUUUGUCGACUUCGGCAAGACGAGCUUGCUGCAGUACCGCACCAAGAUCCUGACGAAGCUCUUCGGCGGCCACUCGCGCAGGGCCUGCUACGCCCUCGCGGCGACGAUAUUCACCCUCGGCAUCCUGCGCGACUACCUCUUCAAGAUGGCCAUCCAGGAGCAGCCGUCGCACCCGCUGCUGCUGGGCUUCGUCUCCAAGGCGGCCGCCUGGGCGCUGCUGGCAGCCGGCAACGUCAUGGUCGGAACGUCCAUGUGGCUGCUCGGCAUCACGGGCACCUACCUCGGCGACUACUUUGGCAUCCUCAUGGACGACAUGGUCACCGGCUUCCCCUUCAACGUCUGCAGGGCGCCCAUGUACUGGGGCGCCACGACGUGCUUCCUGGGCAUGGCCCUGCUGUACGGCAAGCCGGCCGGCCUGCUGUUGUCCGGCUGGGUCAUGCUCGUGUACGUCGUCGCCCUGCGGUUCGAGGACCCCUUCACCGCCGAGAUCUAUGCCAAGAGGGAGCGCGAGCGGGCCGAGGGCAGGAAGGGCGAGUGA